AAACAUAAAGAUUUUGUGUAUGUGCUUCGUUUGCACUUGCAGCUGUACUUUACAAAUAUCUUCCUCUAUGGAAUCGUAACACUGUUUAGCAACAGUUCCAAGAUACUCAACGGGUUUGAGUUAACUUGGCUAGUAUAUAAGACGGGUAUGCAAGGUGUAAGCACACGUAAAUGAGAUGUCAAACCGGCGUAGUUCUACUCUCUGCCUGUUGAAAGCGACUAAGCAGUUUUGAACUAUACUUUACAGAAUACGCCAGUUGGUAUAAUGCCUUCUGGUGACUAUUCCGGAAAAGAAAGGCAAUCCGUGUAUGAGAAAGCUUUGGUAAUAAGCCACGAAGGAGAAAAAAAGUUAUCACUUCUCAAGAAAGAUCUGGACCGCUCCAAAUUACAAACGUACAUCUCUUACAAGCUUGAGGAGCGAGAACUGCGGAAGGAAUUGUUUCGAAUCAAACGGGAACAAAUCAGUCUGGCGAAAGAAGCAAAACAGCGACAGAGAGACAACAAAAGUAUUGAUGACAUCGCAAAAGAAAUAAAGGUUACAAAUCCUGGAAACAGAGGUGCUACAGCUAUCCAGCUUGAGAAAAAGUUCUCGUUACCGCAUAUAAACUGCACGCAAAAAAAUGUGCCAAUGAUUUUGCGUCGAAAGUUGUCACACGAGUCUGAAUAUUUCACGUGGACGUUUGGGCUUCCAACAGUUGAAAAUGCAGUGAAAGCUUUGAAUCCGUCGGACGGCGAUCAGAAGAAGAAAGGAAAAGGGGAAAGUAAAGCAACAUGUGAUGGCGACGGAAGUGAAGGGAACGACAGUGCGGGAAGAGCUCGAGCGAAUACAAUUCACCGCAUCGUGUACAACGUUCCUGUCUCUGAGCGAAGGAAAGACAACUCCAGCUUGCCUCCUAUUAAUGCAAAACUUCCGAAAAUUGAUCCAGAUAAAGGAACCGUCUCCAAUGGCAAACCUGCUGACCAGGUGAAAUUGCCAAAAAUUUAAUUAAUAUAAAGGCUUUAUAAAAUGGAACAGUUGAUGACUAGAAGCUGUUAUUGUUGUUGAAGGAGGAACUUUCCUUCAAAAUGAAUGAUUUUGGGUAGAUAAAAAAAUCCUGCUAUCAUAGCGGUUUUGCCGUAGAAGAUUGGAUAUGACCUAGUGGCACACAAAUGUCACGCGUUACCUAAGUAUUUGAUCCACACAUGAGGGUUUUUCUGUUCCCGCAAAAGUUCAGUGAACAAGAAAGUCCUCACAACUACCGUUUAUGUAAAGAAUCUGAAAGGACGGAUCCUGAGAAAUUGAACUCAGUGAUUUUUUUUUUGUGUCAACCAUUAUGUAAGAUAUGUACAUUGACCCAAUGUAAAAAGUAAAAUUAUGGACCAAAACG